UUUUUUUUUUUUAAUCUUCAAAAUCUGGUGUGUAUUUUACACAGAGUACAGCUCAGUUUGGCGUGGCCAUGUUUCUGGUGUCCGGCAGCCACACGUGGCUAGAGGUCAGUGCACAGGGCUUUAUGGGUUUAUGCCCCUUCCCUCACUCGUAAAAUGGAGACAAUAAUAGCUUCUACCCAUGGAGUUCCGGUAAAGGAUAAGUGAUUAAAUACAUGUAAAGUACUUAGAACAGUGAUUGUUCAAAGCAUAAGCACUUGUUAAAUAUUAGCUGUUAUUAUUUGUAGGCACAAUUAUUUUAUGAUGACAGAGGCUAAGAGAACAUAGAUAAGGAGCCUAGAACAGGUGACGUUAGAACUGAAUCCUGAAGAAUGAGCAGGAAUCGGCAUAGCAAACAGUAGGUGGUUCAAGGGCAGUUCUGGACAAAAGAUCAAGUGCAGGGAGACGUGAGAGACUUGAUAAGUGCUAGGAAGUGGACACAGGGUGGCUGGAGUGUAGGGGGUGUGUGAGAGUGACAAAUGGCGAGGCUGACUGGUGAUGGGUCAGCUCACGAAGGACCUCCAUCUCGAAAGUAUGAGAAGAAUUUAAGUAUGUGGAAAAAAUUCACACCGUAAGUGGUAUUGAGGACUGGAAAGAGGCCAGAUGGGAGGGCUUCCCCUGAUGUCACACAGAUAGUCAUAGAAAAGUGGGAUGAAAGCUCUGGGUUUUCUGUGUCUUUACCCAUUAUCCUCUGCUCCAUCAGGCAGCUCCCUAGGGCAGCAGAGAUUAAGAUUCAACUCUGGAAUUCUGGCUUACGUGUAACUUGAGGCAAGUGACUUCAGCACCCUGAACCUCCCUUAAAAUGGCGAGUCUGGACCUGAAGCCGAGAAGUCAACACUACGGCAGCAGGACAUUUUCAAAGAAAUUCCAUCCCGAGGAAUAAACACGGAAGAACUUACAAAGAUAAAGUCUGUGUUGGGAGGUACCUGGAGACCCAGAGAACAGUUUAAGAAUCAGCACAUCUGGCACGAGAUAAAGUCACCUGCAUGGAAAUUCCUGCCCAAGAAAGAGGUAUAGAAGCUAAUGAAUUUGGAAAAGCUGUCACUGUACAAUCAAUAGUUUCGGAGCAGUGUGAGCCUGUAGAACGGUGUGUUCGUGAACAUGCUACACGUGGGAAAAGCUUCCAACAAAACUCAGACUUAAUUAUACAAAGGGAGUGUGAUGGAAAGAGACCUUGUGAAUGUAGUGGAUGCGGGAAAGCCUUAAGAGACCACACCACUCUUAUUCAACAUGAAAGAACGCAUACUGGAGAGCGAGCCUACAGAUAUAACGAAUGCGGAAAGGGAUUUAACCAGAGUUCCCACCUGACAAACCAUCAGAAGACUCACACAGGGGAAAAGCCCUACAAAUGCAAUGAAUGCGGGAAGGCCUUCAGUUAUUGUUCAGUCCUUAUUCAACAUCAGAGAAUUCAUAGUGGGGAGAGACCUUAUGAGUGCACUGAAUGCGGUAAGACGUUUAGUCGUAGCACAUACCUUACUCAGCAUCAAAGAAUUCACACUGGUGAGAAACCCUAUAAAUGUCUUGAAUGUGGAAAGGCUUUUAGCCAGAGCACGCAUCUUACUCUACAUCAGAGAAUUCAUACUGGAGAGAAACCUUACGAAUGCAGUGAAUGUGGUAAAACCUUCAGUCAGAGUGCACAUCUUACUCAACAUCAAAGAAUUCAUACAGGAGAAAAGCCCUAUGAAUGUAAUGCCUGUGGAAAAGCCUUCAGUGAUCACUCCGCUCUUAUUCGACAUCAUAUCAUUCACACUGGGGAGAAACCUCACGAAUGUAAUGACUGUGGGAAAGCUUUCAGCUACUGCUCCGACCUGAUUCAACACCAGAGAACACAUACUGGAGAGAAACCAUACAGGUGCAGUGAAUGUGGGAAUGCCUUUAGUGACUGUUCAGCCCUUAUCCAGCAUCAAAGAAUUCACACUGGGGAGAAGCCCUAUGAGUGUAGUGAAUGUGGGAAAGCCUUUGGUAACUACUCAGCUCUCACUCGCCAUCAAAGAACUCAUACUGGGGAGAAACCCUACGAAUGUAAGGAAUGUGGAAAAACCUUUAGCAGAAGCACAUACCUUACUCAACAUCAGAGAAGUCACACAGGAGAUAAACCAUAUAAAUGUCAUGAGUGUGAGAAAACUUUUGCCCAGAGUUCAUUCCUUACGCAACACAUGAGAGUUCACACUGGAGAAAAACCCUACAGAUGUAAUGAAUGUGGGAAAGCUUUCAGUGACCGCUCAGGGCAAAUUCAGCAUCAGAGAACUCACACUGGUGAGAAGCCCUAUGAAUGUAAUGAUUGUGGGAAAGCUUUCAGUUUCUGCUCAGCUCUUAUUCAACAUAAGAGAAUUCAUACUGGAGAGAAGCCCUAUAAAUGCAAUGACUGCGGAAAAGCCUUUAGUGAUAGGUCAGCACUUAUUCAACAUCAGAGAACUCACACUGGAGAGAAACCCUAUAAGUGUAACAUAUGUGGAAAAGCCUUCAGUCAGAGUACAAACCUCAGAAAUCACCAGAAAACUCAUUCUAGUGAAAAAUCCUAUACAUGUAGUGAAUGUGGAAAAGCCUUUAGUUACUGCUCAGGCCUCAUUCAACAUCAAAUCAUUCAUACUGGAGAGAAGCCUUAUGCAUGCAGUGAAUGUGGCAGAGCCUUCAGCCGGAGGACAGACCUUAAAAAACAUCAGAAGACUCAUACUGAAGAGAAACUCUACAAAUGUAAUGAAUGUGGAAAAGCCUUUAGCCAGAGCACGUAUCUUACAAAACACCAGAAAAUUCACAGUGCCGAGAAAGCAAAUAUACAUACUGCCUGUAGGAAAACCGUUAAGCAAAACUCCUCUGUUCAACACGAAAAAUCUUACACUGGAGAGAAAUCCUCUGAAUGCCUUGAGAGUCUGGCUGCUGUGGAGACCAGGGAAACAGAAGGAUCAUGAAAACUGUCAACUAGAGUGGCCACAUGGCUUAGUGGGAAGAGCGCAUUUAUGGGUUUUAGAGGUCCUGGGUUCUAAUCUCAGCUCUAUUACUAACUGAGUGCAUUACUUACUUUAGGGUAAGUCACUUUACCUCUUUAAACCUUAAUUUACUCACCUGAAAAAUUUGAAGGUCUGACUAAUUGAUCUUUAAGAUCCACAUUUAUUUUAUUUAUUACCAAUGUGGGCUUUUACAGAGGUGAUUCUUAAAUUGUGACCUAUUUAUUCUACAACAGUUCUGAUUUACAUUGUGAGGAUGUGGUCAUCAUUAUGGAUUCAGUAAAGAUAUGGCCUACACACUAUUCAUUACCAUGGGUCCUCCAAAAUUAAACAUACUAUGACUAUUCAAGGAAAUUAAGAGAUAAAGUAAUAUGAAUUCUGUUCAUUAUUGCAGUAGGAAGGUUGGGAUCUUUUCUUGAUUAAGAAUAUGGUGUUGGAUAAAACCUCAAAAAGAAUGAAUCAAAUUAUUGGUAAAGGCUGGGUUACCUAGAAUCCACCCAAACUUAAUGGUGCAAUAUAAAUUUUCUCUAUUAAGUUCAAUUGGUUGCUGUCAUGUCCCAAGUGAAAAGGAACUGGAAAGCAGUUCUAAAGUCUCGAGCAGAUUUCUAAGAACAGAUGAAAUUGGAAAGUGUAUUUGCCAUUUCCACCUAAAUAUGUAAAGGCCACGUGAAUGAAAAUGAAUGUUGAUCUAGGAGAGUCUGUUGGUCUCUGGUCUUUUUCCUAUGAUUACAGAGACAAUAGCCUGAAAAUAUGAAGAUUUAUUUCAGAAGCCUGUGAUACUAAGUUGACCAGUUAAUUUUUUUCCAGAUUUUCUGUGAUGCCUGUGCAUUGUUUUAUAAUCAAAGAAACAAUUUUUAAAAGGAAUUUGAUAACUAAGCAAAUUUAAUGGUUUUGGAAUAGGAGACUACUUUAGCAAAUUAUGCAAUGGAUUUAAAAACUCUGAGCACAAGUUUAAGACUGUCAUAAAGCUGUUUUGUGGCA